AUGGCGGACGUAGACGAAGAUGCCAUUAAGGCACCCGCAAAUGCCUCAACAGAGCCCGAUGUCGACCUGUCCGACGAGACGCAGGAUUUCCGCUUCUUGAACCACUUGAAUUUCUUUGCCGAUGCAUCCCCCGGUAUCCCGCGCCGCGGUGAAAAGGACUUUGAACCCAAUCCGACCGAACUUCAAGCCGAUGUACUCUCCGCUUCGCGGGGGGCCAUGCACAAUGCGCUCUCAUAUCCCCGUCUCCACAAUACCAAAACUCGUGUUGUAGCUUUCUACGCGCCGGACGGUUAUGUUCCUCCAGUUAAAACCGAUCGCGCGACACCGAAAACUGGCAGAGAAGACGAAAAGAGCUCGGAGUCUACUCCCAACCCCCCGAGGCCUUUGCCCAAUUCAGCCAGGAUAUCCCCCGACGCAUGUGUCUACGUGCCCAACCCCAAAGGCCAGUUCUUCAAGACAAUGGGCCAGGCAGACUCGUUAAGCCGUGUCUGGUUGUUGCCAGAGGAAGCCUUAUAUCUUAUUGAGCGAGGAAGUCUGGAUAUCAGAUGGCCUAGCCCAUCUGGGUCCCCCGCGGGACCAGGAGAAGAAGACCUCUCCGUUCCUAUGAGCUUGCAGGCUGCAUAUGCAUGCUUUAUGGGCCGAGGUGGUCUAACGCUUGAGCGGUACUCCGUUUAUACUGGUCUCAGACGUCUGGGCUAUGCGCUCGUUCGAGCUCCUGGAUGGUGCGAUGACCUCGAGAAGGAAGAUGUGGAUGCCUCAGAUGCUAUUGAAACAACACCACCCACGCUUCAUGGCCCUGGUCUGGCUGGUAUACUUGGGUCACUUUUCAAUUGGAUCCAUGACCCUCGCUCGACGGCCUCGACGGCAACUGGCCCUAUCAUCGGCACUGGCAUUCACCGUCAUUACAUGGAUAUAUACCGCAAGCUCGCCAUCAUUCCCUGGUACGACCCAGUCACCGCGCCCGAAAGACACCCGGCUGAUACCACACCACCCUUCCGCGUUGUGUUCCACGUUUUCAAACCCUCAACUCCCUUCAAAAAGUCUGCGCCUCCAACUCCAGACUUCCGCGUCGCGGUCGUCAGCACACGCGACCAAACCACCAUGCCCACUAUGACACAACUCGGUGCUUUGCUCGAAAGCACGCCACUUGACCCCCCCGCGCGGGAGAAAAUGGACCGUAUGAUGUACAUGAGACUGCGACAUGGAUACCGCAAUGUCGUCAUGGCUGUCGUUGAUCAGGGUGUGGUCAGUUACUUGCGAGUUGCUGAUUCGGUGUUCGGGAAGGAGAAGCUUUAUGAGAACAAGGGUGGACCUCAGGGCCCUAAGUGGAAUCGUAAUCAGAAGUCGCGAAAACGUUGA